AUGACUUCUAAAGGAGUAACGUUUACUGGCCCAGGGGAUCCGGACCCCCAGGGCCCGGCGGAUGAGAGAUGCUCUCAGGAACACCGUCCCGGUCUCUCUCCGUCGUUAUCCAACAACGGGCCGAGCGCUAUAUUAAAAGAGGCGAGCACAGCGAAGGUCGCUCGCGACAGGAAGGGGAUGUUUAAGCAUCUAGGAGAUCCGGAGCGUCAUGAACGUCCCUGGCCAAAAUGCUCCAAGAGCAGAGACUCCAGCUCUGAGAGCAGGAAGAGCUCUAGAUCAAGAUCUAGGUCUAGGGGCAAGACGAGGAUGGGAGCAGACAGAACUUCUUCUUCGCCAGAGGUAGAACGAGACCCGUCACCAGACUCGUUUGUGUCGAUAGACACGGAAGGAGAAGUAGAGGAGGUGAUGGAGGUGGAGGGGGGCUCAGAAAAGCCUCCCUCGACUUCCGUUUCCUCAGAGGACCCCACGGAUCGGAAGUUAAUCUCCGAAUUCAGGGGGUUCCUUAGAAAGUAUCUGGGACAUUCACAGGAUACACUCCAAGAGGUGCUCGGAACGGAAUGUCCGAAUAUCUCUAUGGCGUGGCAAGAGGAUGAGCAAGGGCGAGCUCCCACAACAUUCGAGGUCUAUAUCAACAGACUAAAAGAGGCAAAGGAGCAUCUUGUCACAGAGGCCCUCGAGCUGAGGAAUCUGAAGGAGGGAAUAGGACAGGUUAAUCAAUCACAAGGCAGGAAAGCCUUAGAGAAGAAACUGAAGAAAGAGCUGGCAAAUGCGCCGACGGAAACGCUGCCAGGCUACAUAGUAGAAACGGUGGAGAAACUAGAUAGGGUACUGGAGAAGUCCAGUAACCUCAAGGGGGAGCAUCAAGGCGCCUUAAAGAAUGCGGCCGCGACGAUUUCGGCGGCAUUGACGCACCUGAUUGCAAGACAACAUGGACACGAAGAUGUUCAUGAGAGAGAGGCAGAGAUCGAAAGACUUCGGCAAAGAUCAGCCGAGUUAGAAAAGACAGUCAAAACAGUGACGGAGGAGAAUGAUAAUAUGAAGAAAGAGAUGACGGCACAGCACCAAACGAUAGUGGAGCUGCAACGCCAACUAGAUUGGAUGAAGGAGGAUUUACAGACGGGGGAGAGAAGGAAAGUUCAGCAGGAUAACCAGCAGAACCGAGAGAUGGUGACGAGAAAGAGGAGAAGGACAAUGAUGUUGUCCACUUCUCCUUCGUCCGCCUCCCCCCUCCUGUCAGAGGUAGAGGAUGAGGGUGAGGAGGCACCCACACAGAAAGGGAUUCCUCAAGAGAAAGAGAUGACAGAUGUCUAUCUGGGUCCAGAGAAAACUCCGUUGCCAGAGACAGGUACGGAAAUGAAAACAGAUGGAGAAGUGGACAUGGUGGCCUUCAGAAAGAAGGAAGAGGAAGAAGCGGAAAUGAAGGCCUCCAGAGAAAAGAGAGAGAGGAUCUUAGCAGAGAUAGAGAGAGACGGCGCGAAACCGGUGAAAAGACCGCCAUUACGAGGCGAACAAAAGGUCGUAGCGCCGGGUAUUCCUCCCAAUAACGGCGGCAAAGAAGCUGUAGUAGAAAAGAAGGGAGGGAAUAUCGGGACGGAAGAAAUGAUGAAAAGAUUAUCGGAAAUAAUAGUCCACUCAAUAAAUGAGAAGGUGGAAAAGAUAAAAGAGAGGUUGCUCGGAAAAAUAGAGGGCAGGAUCCAUCAGGACAAGGACGGGAAGGCAGUGGCUGGGAAGACAACGCCACAAGCCCUCAUUCCUGCAUCAAAGGCACAGAAAGCCAAGAAGAAACAGGAAAAGAAGAAGGAAGAGAAGAAGGGAGAGCCUCCAAAGGAGAAAGAAAGAAAGGCGGCUCCCCCGAAGAAGAUAGGAAAAGAGAUGGAGUCACAACCAUCGCCCCAACCCACCACUCAACCCACCGAAAAGUGGACGGAGGUGGUGGGCAGGAAGGAGAGAGCGAUAGCUCGAAAGAAGGAGGAAGAGAAAAAGAGGGCUGAGGAGAAGAAGAAAACAGCCCCCCUGUCACAACAGAAGCAGCCGUCAGGGCAGUCCAAACGCAGGGAACCCAGGACCUCUGCGGUAACUUUGACGUGUCCAAAGGACACGUACGCGGACUGUAUGGCGGCUGUUAGGAGGAGCAUUAAACUCAAGGAUUUGGGGAUAGAGACCUCCCCAAACAUCAGAAGGACCGCCACGGGAGCCAUCAACCUGGAGCUCUCGGGCCAGGGUAACGCUGCGAAAGCAGACGCCCUGGCAGCGAGAAUGACUGCGGUCCUUCAGAGAAGGGAGGGGGUGAAGGUGACCCGUCCAAGCCUGUCAGCGGAAGUAAGGCUGACAGGCUUCGACGAAUCCGUGACGGAGGAUGAAAUCAAGGAGGCGGUGGCCGAACAGGGCCAAGCCUUCCCAACAUCAAUCACGGUAGGUAAGAUCAGAGGGGGGCCGAGGGGGAUGUACACGGUAGUGGUAAGUGUCCCCUCAAGGCGGCCAACUCCCUGA